CUCGCCACGCCCACCAGGCGGCUCCGUGACGCCUCCGUGCGCUUACCUGUGGCGUGACGCCAUAAUCUCGCGUGAUGAGACUUGCGGCUGCGGGAUUUUGUGUAGCACAGGAGGCAAGGAGCGGGCGUUUGACAGCUUGUGUGGGAGGUUUGACCUCUACUCAAUGGCAGAAGACAAUGAGACAUCCUUAGGAAGUUCAUCUGUUUCCACACCCCUUGAAGACCACUCUGCACCUCAGCAGGGUUACGUCUGCAGUCUGAGUCCAGAACUUGUCCUUAAAGCUCGGGAGGAACUACAAGAAAAGCCAGAAUGGAGGCUACGUGAUGUCCAGGCUCUGAGGGACAUGGUAUGGAAGGAUUACCCCCACCUAAAGACUCGAGUGGAUGAUUCCUUCUUGCUUCGCUUUCUCAGAGCCAGGAAGUUUGAUUAUGACCGGGCCCUGCAGUUGCUGGUAAACUAUUACAGUUGCCGGAAGGCUUGGCCAGAGGUUUUUACUGAUUUGAGACCCUCAGCUGUUAAGCCCGUGUUGGACUCUGGCUUUCUAACAGUCCUGCCUCACACAGACACAGAGGGGCGCCGGAUUGUCUGUAUCCGUCCUGGCUGCUGGAUUCCCAGAGAUUAUCCAAUCACAGAGAACAUCCGUGCCAUAUAUCUCUCGUUGGAGAAGCUUGUGGAGUCUGAGGAGACUCAAGUUAAUGGCAUUGUGAUCUUAGCCGACUACAAUGGAGUGGGGUUGACACACGCUUCUCACUUUGGGCCCUUUAUUGCCAAAAAAGUAAUUGGAAUUCUUCAGGACGGCUUUCCUAUCAGAAUCAAGGCUGUCAAUGUCAUUAACGAGCCGAGAAUAUUUAAAGGCAUAUUUGCUAUCCUGAAGCCCUUUCUGAAAGAAAAAAUAGUAAAAAGGUUCUUUCUCCAUGGAUCAGACUUGAAUUCCCUUCAUGCCAACAUACCAAAGUCCAUCCUACCUGAGGAAUAUGGCGGCACUGCUGGAAAGCUGGACACCACUGCAUGGAGUCAGAUACUAUUAGAUUCUGAGGAAGACUUUGCAGUACAUUUUGGCCUGGCGCAUCCCACGCGGGAAGGAUCGCUGCAGGGCUUUCUCAUGAACGAUACGGAAUCCGAUUCUCUGCAGUUCGAGGAGUCCGCGCGGGGUGUGAAAUCCCAGCUCUAUUGUUACUGAGUUGUAUAUGAUCUCAAGAGUAUAUUUUGCUAGCGCUUGAUUGACCAAUGUCUCAGUUAUAGCUGUUUAUCAUUCAUUUGCUCUCUCCUUAUUCAUCCAUGUUCCUUGUGCACUGUCUGCCUUCUGCUGCUCAUAUGCCAACAAAAACUAACUGCCAAAAUAAGCCAAAGCAUAGUCAUCCUUCACAUUAAACAUAAAUUGAGUUAGUUGUAGGGCCUCCAUUGUUAUUGCAGAGUAUGAAAUUCAGGUCUGCAAAGCUGGUAGUCUCAAGCUAAUACCCAAUGUAAGAGGAUGCUCCAAUCAGAAUUCAGCUUAGUCGCCACCAUGCUGCCAUGGAACAUAGGGAGAUUACUGUGCAGCUGAUAAUAGCCUGGAAUUGAACAUCAGGUUUAAACAUGCUGAUUUGCAGAUAUGGGGUUUUAGAGAAAACCAUUAGCAAUAAUGGCAUACACAAGGAACAGGGAGCCGGAGUACACAGAGAAGUCUGGAUUCUCAUUAGGAUCAUUUUGCAUUCAUUAGUAGGAUCUUGUCAGUAUUACUACUAAUGGUGCAACACUGUUAAUGAACACUGAUCCCUGAUGUUGCUAGAAUACAGCUCUCAGCAUGGAUGAACCCUUGGUAAUAUGGUUGUCUGCUGGGCAUUAUAGUCCAGCAAUAUUUGGGUAAUCCAUGUUGAGUUUAUGUUUGGCAGUGCUGCACUCAGGGCAAUAGUUUAGUGACUGUCUCAUUGAAGUUAGUGUUGACACUGGGGUACUCUUUUCCUACUGUUCAGAUAGUGUGAAAGACCCUGCUCAUAUCAGUGUUUUACUUUUUAACUCCAUCCUAUAGUCACAUAUUUAAAAAAAAAAAAAAAUAUGCUCUUGUUUUUUAUUCAAUGGUUUCUUUAAUGAAUUGCCUUGUGUAUGAAUACUCGGCCAUAUCAGUGCCGUAAAGCCUACCUAACAAGCUAUCCACGCUCCCUUUCUGACACAAGUGGAGGUGGAAAUGAAGGGAAGUGCUCUCACAUUCCUCCUGUUAGAGAAACAAUUAGUAGGAGCACUUCUGCUAAUUGUUCUAAGGGGGCCCCUAAGGGUGACUCAGGCAAAAGCCCCCUUUUCAAAUUGAUAUCAUCCUGCCCGGGAUGCAUUAUUGCUGUGUGCGUUCUAAGAGAUUGUUGAUUGGUAGUGAGUAAAGUUUACUGUAUAAAGCACAAAGUAGGGGCAGAUUCCUAAUAUCUCAGGGCACGGGGGCGUUAGAGACCAAAUGAAUGGUGGUCUGCUUUGAGGGGGUUGAUGCUUUUGGUGACAGAGCAAAAGCCUAAGAUGCUUUGCUGGAUUUUUGUUUAUUAUACAUGUUCAUUAAGGCCUAAUGGGGCUGUUUAAUUGUCACCCAUUGCCUAAACAUCUAUUAUAGGGUUAAGGGAACAGUUGUUGGCCAUUGUUUCUCAUUUUUUUUAUUUCUGUUUUCAUGGUUUGGGCCCAACAUUCAGAUGAGUGCAGUUACCAUCUCAGCAUUACAUUGUGUACUGUUAUAAGGCAUAAUGGCACAAGUAUACUUGGCAAUGCCAGGGGGCACUUUAGUACCUGUACAGGUUAUGAAACAAAAAUGUGUCAGUUGGUGCCUAACACACCCUUCCGUGAUUAUAGCUUUACGCUAUUAAAAUAUGUAUAGCAUACUGUUAAGUGGGUUUUAGGAAAGCAGAGGAAAUUCAAGUCCCAGAAUCCAUGACUUCAACACAAAGCAAGGUAGGGGAGGGGUACUUUACAUAGUAGAAAAUGUCAUGUGGAAAUCGGUAAUUGCGAAGCACAAAUAAAAGGGGGUUGUAUUUGGUAGAUGUUUUAUAUGGAAUAGUUGCUGUUACUGUUCUUAAAGAGAAAUUUGAGCUAAGACUGUGUUGAUGAUGAUGAGGGAAUUCUUAUGACUUACUGGGGGUGCUGAGUGCAUAGCUGUUGGACAUCUCCACCUCCUUUGCCCUUCAUAAGCCAAUCACAAAAGCCCCAAAUCACAAAGUCAUUCCAGUGUAGUAUAGUGUGUAGGGAUUUAUCCAGGUUCCAUUCCGACCCCCCCCCCCCCCCCACAGUUGGCUGUGCUGUACUAGGCACCUCCAUUAAUGAUCCAUUGCCACCUUGCCCGAGAAAAUAAAUAAAUUAAGCCUGUAACGUUCUAGCUAUUAGGCUGCAACGCCCACCAAGCCUUCUGACUUUGGUAGUUUGGUAGUUGUAGUUCAAUAACAGAGGUCUUGAUAGAAUGUCCUGUUACUGGGAAAUUCCAUACAGUUAUAGGGGUUACAAUCCAGUGUCAGUGCCAUAUUUAUAUAGUAGAUGAACUGGCAGGGAAUGGGUAAGUAUGGAAUAUAAACUAUAGCGCUCUUGGGGUAUCUGUCAUUAAUGGGAAAGUAAGCUUCAUUUAGCAACUGAUGUUUGUAUUAUAUUUAUAUGUUUUAGUUAAGGUCAGGUUGGACAUAGUUAUUAAAGCGGAAAUAAAACUCCAAACAUACUUAUAAUAUUCCUUAUAGCAUAGGGUAUCUAUAGCUGCCAAUAAGUGAAGCCGUAGCUUACCUUCCUGUUUUUUCCAGAUAUAUUUGUCAUUUGGAGAUGUCAGAUACAUGAAGAAUACACAGUGUGCUUGCCCUGAGGUGCAGGCAUAAAAAACAAAUAUGGCUGGUGAAACCAAGAAAGAAGUGAUAUGGCUGCUGGUUGGGCAAAUCAAUGCUUCAGCCCUCCACCAUAAAUGUAAGAUGAGGGCUUUAGUGCAUAAAGGCAAUAUUACUGUGUGCUCAGAAUAUUUGUAUGCUAUGUAAGCCAUAGGGCUUGUUUGGUUAGACUGAUAGACAGCAGGCCCUGGAGGAGAUUAAGUGCAGACAACAAAACCUCCAGUCCGCCAUAGCCCUUAAAAAAGACUUCAGUAAAGACAAGCAUUAUGCAAGGAAUGUUCUGGGCACACAAUAUAAACUAUACCCACAUACUGUAUUUCUGUUAAGAGUAAUUGGAAUUGAAGCUCCAUAUAUGUAGGAGAAAGGGAGGAUGGUGGCAGACGGGUCUGUAACUGUGGCAUAUUGUGUAUAGUAAGGCAAAGCAAACACUUCACCCAUUGAUUGUUGAGAAUGUUGCAUUUCCCUUUCUUAAACCCUAAGAAUACAGAGGUAAAACAUGAACGUCUCCUAAAUGUAUUAUAAUGAGAUCUGCCCUCUGCUGUGAAGUAAGUCUGAGCAAUAUGGCUGCUGUACGGGUUGCUAGUAUAGUGUAACAUACAAUAAAUAGAACAUUGUUUUAGAAUUUUUGUGCUCAAUGAAAUGUUUAUUUUUCUACCCUGGUUUAUCCAUCAACAUUUUAUAUUGUAUAUAAAAGUGGCACUUGGGUCUCUUUCAAAUGUCAGUUUAUAUGCAUGGGUCAAUCCAAUAAAAUCUACAUGUUUAUUCUC